AUUCUAAUGACUUCACAUCCUAUUAUUAACCCAACAUCCUUCCUUAAUAAAACCAUUGACAAUAAUACUAUUCGUCUUUGUUCCAUCCUUGGUAUUGGUGCUUAUGGUGUAGUCUAUCUUGCUCGAUGUGAACUUACAAACAGGGUAUUGGCUGUCAAGUUAUUGGCUGAAUAUAAUCGUUUAUCUAAAACAGAAAUCCAAUUACAUGCACAUGUAGCUCAUCAUGAAAAUAUAUUAUCUAUCAAGAAAGUGAUCAAGGAAUCUGGUCGUGUAUUUAUUGUGAUGGAGUAUGCAACUGGUGGUGAUCUUUUUUCUGCUAUUACUCAAGGUACUCAAGGUAUUGUGGGGAACAAUCAAAAGAUUCGACAUAUUUUUUUACAACUUUUGGAUGCUGUUCAACAUUGUCAUCAACAUGGUAUCAGUCAUCGUGAUCUUAAGCCGGAAAAUAUCUUAUUAUUUGAUGAUCUCAAGGUCAAAUUGGCUGAUUUUGGUUUGGCUACUAAUCAAAUUGUCUCCUCUGAAUUUGGUUGUGGGUCUACUUUUUAUUUUUCUCCUGAAUGUCAGUCCGGUUUGGUAAAAAACAACAAGAAGAUCAAAGGUUAUGGAACACAACAGAAUGAUAUUUGGAGUCUUGGUGUGAUCUUGAUCAAUUUGGUAACUGGUCGCAACCCUUGGAGACAAGCUCAUAUGGAUGAUACUACUUUUGCAGCUUACACCAAGCAAAAAGAAUCUUUUUUCACCACGAUUCUUCCUUCCAUCUCAAGUGAACUAGAUUUUAUUUUACAACGCAUUUUUUGUUUGGAACCUGCUCAUCGUAUUUCUCUACCAGAAUUGAAAUGGCGAAUUAUGGAAUGUCGUACCUUCUUACGUGAUCAACCCUACAUGACCUUUUCACCAGCAACACGUCCAACAUGUCAUCAUCAUAGAAACAACAAGACAAUGCAACCUACCAAGUCCGUACAACAAUCCAUUCUUGAUUAUACCAAUGAUUUUGCCACCCUUCUUACUCCUUUACGUAUCCCUUCUACUUCCUGUUCUACCUCUUCCAGUUCUUCCUCUGUCUCCUCUUUGGGUUGUCCUUCUACACCCCCUUUGUCGGUCUCAAGUGCUACCUCAAACAAGCUUUCUCAUGAUGCUCUUGUCGAUUUGAUUCAAGCCUCUUCUGCUUACCAAACCAUGAUCUAAAUUCAAAC